AUGGAAAAUGUCUGUAAAGAAGAAGAUGAAGGUGAUAAUGAGAAUAAGCUGAAAGCGAUUCUCUUUUAUCAGUUUGGGGAUAUACCAAAACAAGUUUCCAAGAAAACAGCAUUUCUUCAUGGAGAAUUGGAGGAAGACAUUUACAUGCAACAACCAGAGGGGUUUGCAAUACCAGGAAAGGAGAGUCAAGUUUGCAAACUAAAGAAGAGUCUAUAUGGUUUGAAGCAAGCUCCAAGACAGUGGUACAAGAAGUUUGAUAACUUCAUGAGUAGUACGGGAUACACAAAAUGUCAGGCUGAUCAUUGUUGCUAUGUCAAACAUUUUGACAACUCCUAUAUCAUUCUACUGCUAUAUGUGGAUGAUAUGUUAAUUGCAGGUUCCAGCAUGGAAGAGAUUGACAAGCUAAAGCAACAGUUGUCAAAAUAGUUUGAAAUGAAGGAUCUGGGAGCUGCUAAACAAAUACUUGGUAUGAGAAUCAUCAGAGACAAAGACAAAGGCAUACUAAAGCUUUCACAGGCAGAGUAUGUCAAGAAGGUUCUCAGCAGGUUUAGUAUGGAUAAUGCUAAGCCAGUAUGUACACCUCUGGGGAAUCAUUUCAAGCUCAGUAAAGACCAGUCACCAAAAACUGAGCCAGAACGUGGAUACAUGGACCAGAUCCCAUACGCCUCAGCUAUCGGCUCCUUGAUGUAUGCCAUGGUCUGUACUAGACCAGAUAUUGCCCAUGCAGUGGGAGUUGUAAGCCGAUAUAUGAGCAAUCCUGGAAAGCAGCAUUGGGAGGCAGUGAAAUGGAUCAUGAGGUACUUAAAAGGCUCAUCGGAGACAUGUCUUAUUUUCACAGCUGGCGGUUUAAAACUUGAAGGCUUUGUAGAUGCUGAUCUAGCAGGAGAUGUUGAUAGCAGAAAGAGUACUACAGGUUAUAUAUACACUCUAGGAGGCACUGCUGUUUCUUGGAGUUCUACCUUGCAAAAGAUAGUUGCUCUUUCAACGACAGAAGCUGAAUAUGUCGCAGUUUCAGAAUCCGCAAAAGAGAUAGUAUGGCUACAGAGUUUCCUGCAAGAAUUGGGCAAGAUGCAUGGAAAGGGUACUUUGUAUAGUGACAGUCAGAGUGCAAUCUUCCUUGCCAAGAAUCCAGCAUUUCACUCCAGAACAAAGCACAUACAGAUCAAAUAUCACUUCAUCCGGCAACUACUCGACGAUGAACAACUGAAAAAGUUUGGCUUUGUGGACGGAUCUAUUAAGCGUCCAGAUGAGGAAUCACUGGACCUUGAAGACUGGUGGACCAACAACUCUUUACUGGUGUCCUGGAUAAUGAACACCAUUGAACCAUCAUUGAGAUCAACUAUGUCACAUAUGGAGGUGGCACAAGAUCUUUGGGAAGACAUAAAAGAACGAUUUUCCAUGGUGAAUGGACCACGCAUACAACAACAAAGGGCUGAGCUUGCUGAAUGCAAACAGAGAGGAUUGACAAUUGUUGCCUACUUUGGAAAGCUUAAGAAACUAUGGGAAGAAUUGGCAAACUUUGAACAAAUGCCGAUGUGCAAGUGCGGCUUGUGUACCUGCAACCUUGGAGCGGCCUUAGAAAAGAAGCGUGAGGAAGAGAAAGCUCAUCAGUUCCUCAUGGGACAUGAUGAAAUAGUCUAUGGGACUGUAAGAUCAAAUCUGUUGGCUCAAGACCCAUUGCCAAAUCUGAACAGACUCUACUCAACACUAGUUCAGGAAGAACGUGUCAGAAUCAUAUCUCGUGGAAAGGAAGAGCGCGGCGAGGUGAUGAGCUUUGCAGUGCAAGCAGAGUUCAAAUCACGCAACAAAAACGAAGGAAAGGACAAAAAUGUGGUAUGCAGCCAUUGUAAUCGCACGGGACAUGAAUCUAAUAGCUGUUUUCAGCUAAUUGGCUAUCCGGAUUGGUGGGGAGAUUGUGCUCGUGGGACUGGAAGAGGAAAUGGACGUGGAAAGGGAGGACAGCGAGGCAUGACUCCUGUUGGCAGAGGACGUGGAGGAUUGGUCAAGGCCAAUGCAACUCAAGUCUCCACACCAGGAACAAGCACAAACACUGCAGUCUCAUAUACUGAUAGAAGCAAUACCAAUGGCCUUAGUGAUGAACAAUGGCAGACAUUACUGAACAUUCUAAACAAUACCAAGAUAGGGGCAAAUGAGAAACUCACUGGUAAGUGUUCCUCUAUACAAUGGAUCAUUGACACGGGUGCUUCUCAUCAUAUGACAGGAAGGCUAGGUUGCUUAUCCCAUGUCCGAGACAUGAUAGAAUGUCCUGUUGGGCUUCCAAACAGGCAACAAACAGCUGCUGCAAAAGAAGGAACAGUGGUGCUGAGUGACAAGAUAUGUCUUACCUUCACAGCUGGUGGUUUGAAACUUGAAGGUUUUGUAGAUGCUGAUCUAGUAGGAGAUAUUGAUAGCAGAAAAAGUACUACAGGACAUGUAUACACUCUAGGAGGCACUGUUGUUUCCUGGAGUUCUACCUUCCAAAAGAUCAUCACUCUUUCAACAACAGAAGCUGAAUAUGUUGCAGUCUCAGAAUCUACAAAAGAGAUUGUAUGCUUGCAGAGUUUCUUGAAAGAAUUGGGCAAGAUGAAUGGAAAGCAAAGCCCACUUUCUGCGCAUACUGAUUCUACCCCAGGUCCUAUGAUAGAUUGGAAUGAUAUAGAUGACAAUGAGGGACCAAGCAAUGCUCCGCAUAGUCACAUGCAUGAAAAUCUUGUUCCUCAUGUUGGGCAAGAAAUUAGUAGGGAAAAUGGGACAAAUGAUAAUCUGGAAGGCAAUGCAUCAACACUCGAGCCCUCAACUGUCCUUCCCUCUGAAACAGCAGUAGUUCAUGACAACAGCCAUGAGACUACACAUGAUAAGAGGGGUUCCAGUGUUGUUGUAAAUGAGGAAUAUUUGGGUCGAGGCCAACACACCAAGAUACCUUCCACUCUUCUGCGAGAAUUUGUGACACACACCAUCUGUAUGUUAAGCCCCUCGAAGAGUUCAUCUUGCUCAUCACAAUCCUCAGGUACACCAUACCCUAUAGCUCAUUAUGUGAACUGUGAUAACUUUUCUGCCCAAUACAGACAUUUCUUGGCAGUUAUCACUACAGGAACUAAACCUCAAACAUUUGUUGAGGCCGUGAAAGAUGAACGGUGGAGACAAGCCAUGAAACAUGAAAUACAUACUUUAGAACAUAAUGGCACUUGGACUAUAAAACCUCUUCCUCCUGGUAAGAAAGUUAUCGAAUGCAAAUGGGUUUAUCGAAUUAAGUAUAAUUCUGAUGGCUCCAUUGAGAGAUUCAAAGCAAGACUCGUGAUCUUGGGAAAUAAUCAAGUUGAAGGGUUUGACUACAAUGAAACAUUUUCUCCUGUCACCAAAAUGGUUAUUGUCCGUACCUUUCUUGCUGUUGCUAUUGCCAAAAACUGGGAAGUUCACCAAAUGGAUGUUCACAAUGCUUUCUUGCAUAGUGAUCUUGAAGAAGAGGUGUACAUGAAAAUGCCCCCCGGCUUUCGAUCUCCUACUUUAAACCAAGUAUGUCGUCUUCAAAAGUCUUUUUAUGAUUUGAAACAAGCUCCUAGAUGUUAG